CCAAAAGCCAUUUUGUUGUGCAUGGUAGCCGUUUGGGCAAAGAAACUCUUGUCAGCAUGAAUAACAUGGACCUGUAACACAAACGCUAACUAUACAGCGCCUUCGAUUUAUUUUGAUAUUUCAAGAUGUUAAAAUCGAACCAACUCGUCCCAGUAAGUCGUCCAAAGUUUUGUGGAUUAGCAAUGAGGCUAAUGCGUUGCUGCGACUACCUUAACUAUGCUACAGUUACAGAAGCACACUGUUGGCUAGCUGUCUGCUCUAUAUUGUUUGAUUUGGUUGACUAACCCAAAAUUAGUCAGUGUUUUCUUACACUCGCAGAGGUGUUAUAUAAACACCGUGGCACUUACCCCCCUCCCCCAUAACCAAAGAUACUUGGUUCAACGAUUAAGCUUUAUAUGGUGACUAGGCGGCUGGGCACUCGAAAGAAAAACUUAGCAAAAACAGUUGGAAGGACCAAGCGUUAAGCUUGAGAGCUAAUCUGAUCAUGGCCGAAGACACCAGACAAGACAAGAGAGCCAACUUCUCGGCUUUAACGGACACCAACGGGAUGACCAGGACAUCUUCCAUGUCUUCUGCAAAAUCUGGCACUUCCAAGAAAUUAGUGAUAAAAAAUUUCAAAGAUCGGCCAAAAUUAGCCGAGAACUACACUGAGGACACUUGGUUGAAACUGCGAGAUGCAGUCAGUGCCAUCCAGAACAGCACAUCCAUCAAAUACAAUCUUGAAGAGCUCUAUCAGGCCGUGGAGAACUUGUGUUCAUAUAAAGUCUCCCCCGCAUUGUACAAGCAGCUACGGCAGGUCUGUGAAGAUCACGUGCAAGCCCAGAUCUACCAGUUUAGAGAAGAGUCUUUGGACAAUCUUUCCUUCCUGAAGAGGAUGAAUCGCUGCUGGCUGGAUCACUGCAGGCAAACUAUAAUGAUACGAAGCAUCUUUCUCUUCCUGGAUCGCACCUAUGUGCUACAAAGCUCCCUGCUUCCAUCCAUCUGGGAUACUGGGCUGGAACUGUUCCGUAUCCACAUUGUAAGUGAUAGUGUUGUCCGGAAGCGCACAGUAGAUGGCAUUUUGGAGCAGAUCGAACUUGAGCGGAAUGGCGAGACAGCUGACCGCAGUUUGUUGAGAAGCCUAUUAGGAAUGCUUUCAGACCUCCAGGUUUAUAAAGCGUAUUUUGAAGAGAGUUUUUUGUUUGAGACAAAUCGCUUGUAUUCUGCAGAGGGACAACGUUUGAUGCAAGACAGAGAUGUUCCCGAGUACCUGCACCAUGUGGCUCGUCGGUUGGAGGAGGAGAACGAUCGUAUCGUGAGCUACCUCGACCAGAGCACCCAGAAACCUCUCAUCAGCUGUGUUGAGAAACAACUUUUAGGAGAGCACAUGAGUGCAAUACUGCAAAAGGGUCUGAGCAUUCUGUUGGACGGAAAUCGUGUAGCCGAGCUGGUCCUCCUUUACCAACUGUUCAGUAAGGUGAAGGGAGGACAGCCCACAUUACUACAGUUUUGGAGGGACUACAUCAAGUCCUUCGGUGGAGAGAUUGUUUGUACACCAGAGAGAGACAAGGACAUGGUACAAGAGCUGCUGGACUUUAAGAACAAGAUGGACAAUGUGGCUGAGAGCUGUUUUGCACGGAAUGAGGGAUUCAUCAAUGCCAUGAAGGAGGCCUUUGAGACAUUUAUCAACAAAAGGCCCAACAAACCUGCAGAACUCAUCGCUAAAUAUGUGGAUUCUAAGUUAAGAGCCGGUAACAAAGAGGCUACAGAGGAAGAGCUUGAAAGAAUUCUUGACAAGAUAAUGAUAAUAUUCCGAUUCAUACAUGGAAAAGAUGUCUUUGAAGCGUUUUAUAAGAAGGACUUGGCCAAGCGUCUACUCGUUGGCAAGAGUGCUUCUGUAGAUGCUGAAAAGUCCAUGCUCUCCAAGCUGAAACAUGAAUGUGGAGCAGCAUUUACCAGUAAGCUAGAAGGGAUGUUUAAGGACAUGGAACUCUCCAAAGACAUCAUGAUCCAAUUCAAACAGUACAUGCAAAACCAGAGUGAGCCAAGCAACAUUGAAUUAACAGUCAACAUCCUGACCGUGGGUUACUGGCCUUCAUACUUGCCCAUGGAGGUCCACUUGCCUGCAGAAAUGGUAAAACUCCAGGAAGUGUUCAAGCUGUUCUACUUAGGGAAGCACAGUGGGAGGAAGCUGCAGUGGCAGCCCACACUCGGCCACGCUGUCCUAAAGGCAGAAUUUAAAGACGGAAGGAAGGAGCUACAGGUCUCCCUAUUCCAGACAUUAGUGCUGCUGAUGUUCAAUGAGGGUGAGGAAUUCAGCAUGGAAGAGAUUGGUACUGCUGUGGGUAUAGAGGAGGGCGAACUUAGACGUACAUUGCAGUCCCUUGCCUGUGGAAAAGCCCGCGUCCUCAACAAGAUUCCACGGGGAAAAGAUGUGGAGAACGGAGACCGUUUCAAUUUCAACAAUGAUUUUAAACACAAACUUUUCCGCAUUAAGAUCAACCAGAUCCAAAUGAAAGAAACUGUAGAGGAGCAGGUCAGCACCACUGAGCGUGUGUUUCAAGACCGGCAGUAUCAGAUUGAUGCGGCUGUAGUCCGCAUCAUGAAGAUGAGGAAGACCCUCAGUCACAACCUUCUUGUUUCAGAGCUCUACAACCAAUUGAAGUUCCCUGUCAAGCCUGGCGACUUGAAGAAGCGCAUUGAGUCCCUCAUUGACAGAGACUACAUGGAGCGUGACAAGGAGACUCCUAACCAGUACCACUAUGUUGCCUGAGGUGGCACCACUGUGGAGCCAUGCUUUCUCUCAGCAAGUGUACGGCUGGUCCCCAAAGCAGCCUCGCAGCCCUUCUGCCCGCCCAUCUUAUACUUGGGGCCACAAUCUUGGGUUCAGCAUCCAGAUCACACAUUGAUCCCGAGAGGAGAGAUUUUCCUGGGCUUUGUCCCAUACAUGUCUCUUAGGGCUCUGGGGUCUUCCAAGGGAGUUAAGUCCGAGGGGCGGCUGGAGGAGUGAUCCAGGUUGUUUGUUUGGUUAAAAAAAGAGAGAGAGAGAGACAAGCACUUUCCUUUGUUUUACAGCUGUGAGUGGGGAUUUUUGUUUGGUUGUUUUCUCCUCUGUUGCUUUGCUCUAAAUUCAGGGCAAUUUUUGUAUUGUAGUAGUUUUAUGUUAAUUUUAAGUGUUUUAUUUUUUCCCCCAAGAAGUUCUCCCUUAGAAACUUUGAUUUUUAUUCAUGUGAAUAGAGAGUUGUGGCUAUUGACAAUGCAGGUGAAAUACUUGGGGCUAUUUUUGAGGGUCUUGUUAACCAAAUUGUUCUGUCACAUGCUUAUUUUGGUUUGUUUCGAAAUCAGAUUGUUUUUGAUGUAACAAUGAUAAAGUAAAUGAAUUGAUAUUUAAUAAAUGAUUUGAC